UGUUCUCCAGUAGUCUUUAAUCCAUCUCUGCUUAUAUUCUUUCUUAAUCUUUCGUAAGAAAGAAAGUGUCUUACAUACUUUUAAGCUCUUACUUAACAGCAUGGGAGUUUUAGGAAAAAUGGAUUUUUAUGUGUCUAUGUCAUGUUUAAUAACAAGAGAGCCCCGUAAGGUGAUAUUGAAGAAGGGCUACACAGGGCUCGGGUUCAACAUCGUGGGUGGAGAGGAUGGCGAAGGCAUAUUUGUCUCGUUCAUCCUGGCUGGCGGGCCAGCCGAUCUCUGCGGGGAGAUUAGACGGGGUGACCAGAUACUCUCGGUGAACAAUUCGGACCUGCGUCGAGCGACACAUGAGGAGGCAGCAGAAGUCCUGAAAGGUGCGGGCGACACAGUGGAACUCGUCUGUCAAUACCGGCCUGAAGAAUACAACAGGUUCGAGGCCAAGAUCCAGGACUUGCGAGAACAGAUGAUGAACACAAGUACAGGCAGCCUUCAGACCACAAGAAAACGAACACUCUUUGUCAGAGCGUUGUUUGACUAUGACCCCAGUAAAGACAGCGGGUUGCCCAGUAAAGGCCUGGCAUUCCUGUAUGGUGACAUUCUCCACGUAGUGAACGCCAGCGACGAUGAGUGGUGGCAGGCCAAGAGAAUUCUCCCCACUGGUGAUGAGGAGGGCAUUGGUAUCAUUCCUAGCAAGAAAAGAGUGGAAAGGAAGGAGCGGGCGAGAACGAAAGCUGUCAAGUUCACGGGGAAGAGCAAUGUAGAUAAAAAUAAUGUACAAUUAAAUGACCGAGGGAAGAAGAAGAAUUUUUCGUUUUCCCGUCGAUUUCCCUUUAUGAAGAGUAAGGACCAAAGUGGAAGUGAAGAUAUAAGCUGUGAUGAACGUGCAGAUAGUGAAAAUAGCUUCAGAGGGGACGAGCCUAUCUUAUCAUAUGAGGCUGUCGUGCAGCAGGAAUUGAAGUACACGCGUCCUGUGAUCAUCCUGGGUCCCCUGAAGGACCGCAUCAAUGACGACUUGAUAUCCGAGUUUCCGGAAAAGUUUGGCAGCUGUGUUCCUCAUACAACCCGGGAAAACCGAGACCAUGAGGUAGAUGGACGGGAUUAUCACUUUGUGGCGUCACGGGAACAAAUGGAGCGUGACAUUCAGAAUCAUCUAUUUAUAGAAGCGGGACAAUAUAAUGAAAAUUUGUAUGGUACAAGUGUGGCUUCUGUAAAAGAGGUAGCAGAAAAGGGUAAGCACUGCAUCCUAGAUGUGAGUGGUAACGCGAUCAAGCGCCUCCAGGUGGCCAACCUCUAUCCCAUCGCCAUCCUGGUGAAGCCUAAAACCAUCGACUCCAUCAUGGAGAUGAACAAGCGUAUAACUGAAGAGCAGGCGAGACUCACAUAUGAUCGUACAGCCAAGCUGGAGCAGGAGUUUGGAGAGUAUUUCACAGCGGUUGUCCAGGGUGAUACAGCGAAUGAAAUCUAUGCAAAGGUGAAGGAGGUCAUAAGGGACCAAUCAGGGCCCACUAUUUGGGUCCCAGCUAAGGACAAGUUAUAGACUUUCUCUCUGAGAAAUGGGAACCAGUAAACAGGAAGUGUGAUCUAGUGAUCUAUAAAUAGUAGCAACAUAAUUGCUAAUUUUAGAAACAGAAUGGAAAGAAUGCUGUAUUUAGCAGAAAGUACAUGUCAAGUCAGUAACAGAGUUAUAAAAAGGGACUGAUUGUACGAAAAAAGACUACAGUAGGAUGAAAAUGAUGUGUUCCUGCAGUUGAUCAACCAAGAAUGCGUCCAAGUGUUCAAAUAUGUACCUCUUCAAUAGGAGACUAUGUCUGUUCUAUCCAAGUUGUUCUGCUCAUUUUUCAUUUUAAGAGAAAUAAUAAUACAUGUAUGGAAAUGAGAACAUGUAGAAAAAUAAGCUCAUGUGGAAAAAUGUAGUGUAAUCAAACCGUCUAGAUUAUGCAGAAAGAAUAAUAUACUAGUAAAAGAGGUAAGUAUGAAAAAAGAGGGAAUUAGGCGUUAAAUUGUGAAGUGGUUGCGUAUUACUUUGUACAUCUGUAUGUGGUUGCAUUUAUGUUAAAGAAGAAUUUUAAAGUCUUCCUUGAUGCAAGUAUAUUUGAAGGAAGGUUUAAAUGAGAAAUGUAGUGAAAAUAAUUAUUAUACAAGUGUAAUUGUAACAAAAUAUGUUGGUUGUGUAUAAAAUUGAUCUAUGGUUUUUAAAUUGAUCCAUAUGGAUCGUAAUACUUGUACGACUUUAAUGUUUUCAAAAUUUGAUAAAACCCAAGUGUUGUGAAUAAUCUUAUCACAUGUAAAUAAAAACACAUUUUAUUUCGAUUCCUUGUCAUUUAUAUGUAUAUGUAUCAAUAAACAGCAUCCAUUUAUAAGAAAACCCUAUACUAAAGAAUGUACGACCAAUAUGCUCUAGACCUACGUUAUAGCUGCCUAGGUAGGAGUGUGUUUAUUGUUAACGAAGUGCUGUAGAGGAUGAAGGCCAUUUUUGUCAUAUUUCCAGAGUUCUCUCUGCUUAAUUCUUGACAGAGGGAGAAGCUUGUUUUGGAAAUUGCUAAGUGUAAGGCUUAUCAGUAAAAAAUGAUGCCUUGAGAGUUUAACUUGUAUUUACUCUUACUAUCAGAAGGGUAUAACAGGUUUUCAAAUAAAAAUAAAAAUAAUUUAAGCAUUUAUGUUUAUUCUUGUGGGACCCCUAAGGUUCCUUGGUUUUGCCUUAUUAUUAAAGGCAUUUACAAUUUUCAUGACACAAAUUCAAUUGACAUGACGCCAAAUUACCUUUAUAUAAAUAUUCAAACCAGUAAAACCAAUAGAGAGAUUUAUUAGUGAGAUCAUAACUCGAGACAAAAACAUGCACAUGGACUCAAUAUUUUCUUUUUUUGAACAAAGUAUUUAAUUAUUGAUGGUUGUUAUCCGACAUAGGCAUCGUAUCAAUUUCUCCUGUAUGCUAUGUAUUAAUCCCUCUGAUGGCUGUACUUUGGCUUGCCGACAUUUUAAAUGUACAGGAUGAAAGCGGUUCAUAUAUUGUUCACAUCAUAUCAAAUACAUGUGUAUAUAUAAAGACUGUGGUGUACAUAUUAUGACUUUUUAUCAUAUUGUUAUUUAGUAAUUUUUAUGAAUUUUCUUUAAACACACUUGUGCAAUGUUAAUUUUGCUUUAUCAUCACAUAUUCACUGUUCAAUUCAUGAGCUGUACAUGUUUUUUCAUCAUAAAUAGAAAGCAAGUUUUAUAAUAUGUUGUACGCUUUGUUAUUGCCGAAAUGUGAAUUUAAACUGCGUCCUUUUCCAUUCACUUUCCACUCUCAUUCCCGAGGUUCAAUCUCAUUAAAAAGCCAAAUAAGUUUUCCUCAAAAAUAUUUGAAAAUUAGUAAAACAAUUACCAGGCAUGAAUCAUGGCCCUGCACUUCUAAUUCCAGUGCCAUAAUUGAUAUGUUAUACACAAAUAAUGUAUGGUUUCGAUUUGUUUGCAAAUAUCAUUCUAAGAUUUUUUUGUUGCAUCUAAUGUCAGCUGCUUUUGCUCCAAAGUUGUGGGUCAUCUUUUGAUAAAUAGAAAGUAUUUUGUAAGUGGUUAUUCAGUAGGGAAAUGAUUAAACUUUGUAAGUGGUUAUUCAGUAGGGAAAUGAUUAAACAAGUUUGAUAAAUUUCGUACUGAAUGACCAGGAAUGUGAUAUUCCAUUUAUAUCAUAAAUACUAAUUUGAUGAUCAUUUAACACUACAGGGCUAAAUACAUAAAACAUCAAAAACAUUACUAUGACACGUGCACAUCACUUCAAAAGUUAUUACACUAGUUUUAUAUAAGAAAUAUAUAAUGACAUUUGUUCAUGAAGGCAACAUCAUUUAUCACAUAAUAUUAUUUUGAUUAUGGCUGUAUAACUUUAUUUAUUAAUGGCUGUUACAGAACUUAUCACAAAAAUCUAAUUUUAUUUAUACUCCUGGUAAGAUGAGAAAUGUAUAAAACUUGAAUUGUUUACAAUUGAAAAAAAAAAGUACAAAUGUUGAAAAUUCACUUAAAUAUUUUGAUUGUUUUUACAUGUUGCAUUUGCCCAGAUGUAUACACAUAAUUGACUUCACAGGAUACUAUUGAUUUGAAAGACAAGUUAAACAUGUUAUGCUUGUGGAAGAAAUCAGAUAUUAAAAGAUUGCACAAAUGUGGAACUACUUUUAUUCAGUAUGCAGUAGUUGAAAUUAACACAGGCCAGCAGCCCCUGCACUGGUUGGUUUAAGUUAGGAUAUAAGUUUGAUAUAGCAGGGCUUGCUAUAUUUUUUCAGCCAAAUAGUUACUUUAAAAUCAAGGCUUCUUUAUCCAAAACCCUUAUAUAUCAAGUUUUGUAUGAACACCUGAUCGGAUCAUCAUUGUCAUGUAAAAGAUGUUCCUAAAAAAUUACUUCAAUGUUUUUAGUGCAAACACUUCGAGAUGUAGAAGGAAGUGCACUUGGUCUUGAUAUUGUGUGUGCCAUACCGUGUCAUCAUGAUAUUGUGUGUGUCAUACCGUGUCAUCAUGAUAUUGUGUGUGAUCAUGAUAUUGUGUCUGUCAUACCAUGUCAUCAUGAUAUCGUGUCUGUCAUACCGUGUCAUCAUGAUAUUGUGUCUGUCAUACCGUGUCAUCAUGAUACUGUGUCUGUCAUACCGUGUCACUGUGUAUGACAUACCUUGCCAUCAUGAUAUUGUGUGUAUCAUACCGUGUCAUCAUGAUACUGUGUAUGUCAUACAGUGUCAUCAUGAUACUGUGUGUAUCAUACCGUGUCAUCAUGAUACUGUGUGUGGUGUCAUCAUGAUACUGUGUGUGUCAUACCGUGUCAUCAUGAUACUGUGUAUGUGUGUCAUACCUUGUCAUCAUGAUACUGUGUGUAUCAUACCGUGUCAUCAUGAUAUUGUGUGUGGUGUCAAACUGUGUCAUCAUGAUAUUGUAUGUGUCAAACCGUGUCAUCAUGAUAGUGCGUGUAUCAUACUGUGUCAUCAUUAUACUGUGUGUGUCAUACCGUGUCAUCAUGAUAAUGUGUGUAUCAUACCGUGUCAUCAUGAUACUGUGUGUGGUGUCAAACUGUGUCAUCAUGAUAUUGUGUGUGUCAUCAUGAUAUCGUGUCUGUCAUACCAUGUCAUCUUGAUAUUGUGCGUGUCAUACCGUGUCAUCAUGAUAUUGUGUAUGUCAUACCGUGUCAAAUGAUGAAUGCUUGUUUCUGUCACAUUAUUCUUCAUUAUUGAUUUGUUAAUUUAACAUUUUGUAUCAUUAUGAUCCUGUAGAACAUGCAUAGAUAACUGAAUAAAUCUUUUUUAAUAAUC